ACACGGAAGGACUGCUUGAACGUAUUCAGAAGACCUUUUGUUGAUUACGAAAGAAAGUUUGAGGAUGUGGGUUGAAGUGCCUAUAUUGCCUUUACCAUUGGCAAUAUUUUGUUGUGUUAUCAAUUUUAUUCUUCCAGGAUUUGGAACAAUGAUAGCCAGCUGUAGCUGGUGUUGUUGUGCACAAAAAGUAGAGCUCGAAGAUCCUGAAGCUCGUGAUCAUGAGUUAGAGGACACUGAUUGCGCAAAGUGCUGUGACUUGUGUUGGGCUGGCUUUGGACAACUUCUCGGGGCACUAGGGCUUGUUGGCUGGGGGCUUAGCUGCUACACAGGUGUACUGCUUAUAGAUAUCAGUUUAAAAUAUCAUAAAGGUAACAAGGUAGAUGCAAUUAGCGUAGGGCACAAUGCUGGUUCCACGUCCAUCAUCGAACAGCCAGGUUCAAAUUCUGGACCCAUUACUGAACAACCUAGCGGUAGUCUUACGGCCUCAAACAACCCGAAUGUAGACCACAGGUUGAAGCUAGUAACAGAUGUUUAUACGAUAAAUGAUGACAAUAAAGAACAAAAAGUAAUAGUUGUUUACGACGAGAGUGUGACCGCUAAAUUAGGAAAUGAUAGUGGAUGGCAUCCAGGUAUCCUUUUUGUUCAACCUGAAACAGACGAUGAAACAACUUCUAAAACAUCCGUUACGAUUGAAAAAUGAUGUGUUUCAAUCGAUAGCAUCUUAAAAUAAAUCUAAUCUUAAGUUUUGAUUGUCUUAAAAUUCUGGAAAAAGACGCACACAAAUUAAUAUUGCAAGUGUAAUAUUUACUCACUUUUAGACUAAUAUAUUUUUUCUCAAAUGAUCUAUUGCACAAUGUCGUAUUUAACUCCGUGAAUAGAUAUAAUAUUAUUUUUCGUUAUUAAAUGUCGUCAAAAAACGCAUGCCGGUCAAAUAAAAUUAUGAGUGAAGUUUGUAUUGUUUGUAUUGUAUUUCUUUCACGCCAUGGCCGCGUAAUUAUCAUGUUUGGCCAUUUAUCAUUAAUUUGAUAUUUUUCGAUGAUAAAUGACUCAUUGGGGUUUGAAAAAUACAUAGCGAUAAUCUUUAUUGACACACACUUUAACAAGCUAUAGAUAUUAUUUUAAACGUUCAAAUAG